AUGGGUUUGGGUCGUUCACACAAGAACAUUGGCCUAUUCGAAAUCUUUCUACUGGAAUACUUUGGGCCAUUUAACCGAAACAGUAAAUUAAUCCCAAAUGAUCAGGACACAGCUGACCCGUCUCUCCCCCUAGGUCAUUUUUGUCCCAAACUCAAAAAAGCCAUUGUUCUCUCGCUUAUCGUUGCCCCGCGUGGAAGAUCAAAGGAAAAAUCACAGCUCGGUUGGCCAUCUACUAUAGUCGAUCUGGAGAAAGGGCUUCCAUUUGCAAGCAAAACCCCAAACUGCAAAGAACCCAAGCCAUCUUAUAGUCGAUCUGGAAAGGGCUUCCAUUUGCAAGCAAAACCCCAAACUGCAAAGAACCCAGUUCAGAGAUUAUCUUCUGAUUCGAAUCGGUCGGACAAAGAGGCAGUGCAAUUUGUAAUUGAGAAACUUCGAUCCCUAACAGCCAAAAAAGCUUGGUUAGAUGAACAGUGCUUCUUAAUAGUGGUGUUGAUAAAAUGUGUUAGAUAUUGUUUGUUGGUUUCCCUGCUAAGUAUUUUAUCUUUGUAUUUCAUUGAAGAAAAUCUUAAAAUCCAUCUUGAAGCAUUUUAUUGA